AAAAACUACGAAAAUGGUAGCCGGUGGUGCUUCGGAUACGGGUGGCGUCAAGCCCAUGGCCAUUGCAGGCCGUAUGGUGCGAGAACGAGAGCGUCUAAUUGGCAUGACAAAUGAGGAACGCUCCUGGCGCAAACAGUGGCUGAAGGACCAGGAACUGCAUCACGGUCCACGCAAGGUGCCUGCCCUGGAGCUGGAGCUCAACAACCCGAUCAAACGCUUCUACCGUGCGCCCUUAGACAAAGUGUGUGACCUGCUAACACCAGCUCUGGGUUUCCAGCGCGCCUACACGAUACGUUACUGGACAGGCAAGGCGCUCAUUGCAUUAACGGGUAUUUAUGCCGGCGCCUACUACUUCAAAUACAAUCAGAAUGAUUGGACCCGCAAGGGUGGUUGGCGUGUCAUUUCUUCGCGAAAACCCUGCCUGCCUGGUGAUGAAGGUUACCCCAAGGGCUCAGAUCGAUCGAAUCCGGCAGACUAUGCGGCACGUGGCUUCAAGGCAUCGCCCAUAUAAACGAUCCACAUACGCUCAUCCAACCAAGCUUUAGUUGCAAAUGUAAAUUAAUUAUAAUGGAAAAAAAGAAUUGUAAUAAAUGUGGCGAAUUGGCCAACAGUCAUCAGUCAA